AUGAAUUUUUGUAUAAUGCCACAGGGUCUAAUUUGUACAUGUACAGUACAAUUCCUUCUCACUUCCAAGUCAAGCUUCUUUCCAGAGGAGAACAGAGCACACCUCUAA